CUCUCUCGCCUGGUUCUCCUUCUCGGCCACCACCCUGCCGUCGAUGGGUGCCGAUUGGGCGGUUCUUCUCGCUGUUCGGCGCCGCGGCGCCUCGGGACGGGCGGUUCUCGAACCUAGAUGGGUGCGGCGCACUGUUUGGUGGUGGUGGCCGCGGGGAAUGUUCGUCCGUUGCUAUCGAAUUCAGUAAUUGUGGCCGUACGGGGCGAUGGGAAAUCGUACAAAAGAAUAAGGAAGGCGUCGGGGCUCGGUUGUUGAAUCCUGCGCCGCGCCUGCCGUCUCUAAUUCCCUCUCGAAUUUGUCGAGAUGCGGAUUUGGAUCAUCACCACCACGCUGCUGCUCAUUCGUGAUUUCUGGCAUUUCGCUUGCUCCUCCCAUCCUGUACGGCUGCUAAGAGAAUCUCGGCUUCAUUUCGUUUGGCCGCGUUUUUGUUUUCUGCCACACUUGGAAGGCGCAAUCGAUAAGUUCUUGAUGUCCGUAGUGGCUAUUUCUCUAGUCUCUACGUAGGUAUUUUAUUCGUGGGGAAUAUUUGUUGAAAUGCUGGUACGGAGGACGCUCCGAAAAAGAAAAGGAAGAAUCAGGGGGGUUGUUGGGUUGGAUUGGAGCCUGUGCCACAUAUUUUAACUCCAAAUCCGUUGGGAUAGGAUUCUUUUUUCGGGCCUCUUUGUUUCUUUCCACUUUUUGCUGGAGCCGCCGAUCUUGAUGUCUCACCAAGAGCACCAUCUCGGCUCUCCAUUUCAUCGGCCUUGUCUCUCAACCGGGGACCUCGUGGUGCCAACAAGAUCUGACUAGAUUUGAUCUAAGCUGGUGCAGCUGCGAAACAAUGGCGACAUCCAAGAAGGACCCCCCAAACCUCGGCAGAGGCAGGAUGUCACCCAACCUCAGGCCGUCCAGCAGCGAGUCCUCCGGGUACGGGUAUGGCGCUAGGCGGGCGCGGUCGGUCCCAAGCUCCCCGGACCGCAAAUUUGGCUCCUCGGCGUCAUCAGUGGCAGCCUCUGGCUCCCCAGAUGUGCAGCGUCCGUCAUUGUCCAGCGCUGGCCGGUCACGGACCAUGGGCUCAUCCAUCCAUGGCAGCAGGGCACAGCCAUUCCCCGGUGCAGCCUCAAAGCCUACCCUGUCAAGGGCAAAAUCCGACAAUGUGAGCACCAGUUCGCAGCGACCUCCAGCGCUUGCUGUGCCGCCAAGCAACUCCUUCAAGGACAUGGCCAAGACUGCACCUAAGGCAUCGCCAUCCAAUUUGCUGAGGAGUAAAGCCUCUCCAAGGCCUACUGCUGACAGUUGCAAAGCGGUGGCAUCUCCGAAACCCAGCAGCCAGAGAGUGGCAUCGCCAAGUACUGCUCGAGGUGACAGAGUCCAGCCGGUGUCCACUGCACGCUCUCCUGGUGCAGCCGCAAAGAAGAGAUUGGAUGCUGUUAAUGGUGCUACUGCCAGCUCAAAGGCUAAAAGUGUUUCUCAGAAGGCAAUGGGGCCAUCUGCAAGCAGGAAGGAGAAAGACAAGGAUCCAUCAAUGCAGUGUAAGGAAACUGAGGCCUCAUCCAUAGAAGAGCAUUUGCACGAGGAGCACCCUGAUCCAGUUGAUCCGAAAUCCAUGGACGUGACUGUACCUGAUCAGCACGAACCAUCUUCCAAUCAACCAGAACAAGUCAAAAAUGCGGAGGACUCCAAGGGACACCUCUCUGUAGAGAAAGCAGGCGCCAAUGAGUUGCAUAAUGGAGGGCAAGAUGCCAAUGGCAGCAUCAAAACUAUAUAUGAAUGUGGGCUUGUUGAGAAGGUGGCUGACCAAAGAGCAGACAGGGCAGUGCCAAGGACUGAAGUGGCUCAGGCAUGGAGGAAGCAUGAUCCCAGGAGCAAUGAGGUGAUUGAGGAAACCAAAAGUAAGCUACUGGAGGAGAGGAAGAGCAGGGUGAAGGCGCUUGUGGGGGCCUUUGAGACGGUCUUGUCAUUCAAGGAAUAGUGCUACUUUCUCGUCGGAUCCGUUGUGUCCUCAAUGUUGAGUACAUCAUGUCAUGAAUAUAUAUGUGAUCCCUGGAGCUGAGUGUUUAUAUGGUGAUUUCCUUGGUUCGUUGUACUCAAUCUUUUUCCUGGAUGAUCUUUGCUUUUAUUGAUGUAGAGUUGAAUUAAAUGAUGGUGUUUAUUCCAGAGAACAUUUGGAUCCUGUGAGGAAUAUUCAUAUAUGCAUUCUUUUUUGUUAUCUUGCAAAA